UCCUUUAAUUGGGAGAGAGAAGGAUAGGAUUCAGAAGGAUGAUGAAGUAUAGAUGAAUGCGCGAUAAACCCUUGCUCUUCUUCUUCUACCUUCAGCUUCGAUUGUUCUCAGCCUCGGUAGUUUAGUUGGCAAGGAUGAUAACUGGAUGUAGCACACCAAGUGCACAUGUUCUAACGAGCCCUCGGGCAUUCAAGUCAUCAUCAUACAGAGCUGUAUCAGGACGGACUCAUCAUUGUCUUGCUCGAAGUUCAUUGUCUUCACCAUUUAAUGAGCUUCAAUCUAGAGUGCCGAGAGGUGUGCCUCUGUCAUAUCUCUCUGCCUCGUCUUCUCUGCUUCUGAAUGGAGAACAAGGUAGUUUGUCUGGUACAUUACCUGUGUUACCUGUUCGAAGAAAAACCCUUUUGACCCCGCGAGCAUCAAAAGAUGUACCUUCUAGCUUCCGAUUUCCUCCAAUGACCAAAAAGCCACAAUGGUGGUGGAGAACGUUGGCAUGCCUACCUUACCUAAUGCCUCUGCACGAAACAUGGAUGUAUGCAGAAACAGCUUACCAUCUCCACCCGUUCCUAGAAGAUUUUGAAUUCUUAACCUACCCAUUUUUGGGCGCCAUUGGAAGACUGCCAAGCUGGUUCCUCAUGGCCUACUUCUUUGUAGCUUAUCUAGGGAUAGUGCGGAGAAAAGAAUGGCCGCACUUCUUCAGGUUCCAUGUAGUGAUGGGUAUGCUUCUUGAAAUCGCUCUUCAGGUUAUUGGAACCGUUAGCAAGUGGAUGCCUCUUGGAGUCUAUUGGGGUAAGUUUGGGAUGCACUUCUGGACUGCUGUUGCGUUUGCUUAUCUGUUCACAGUCCUGGAAAGCAUACGGUGUGCACUUGCGGGUAUGUACGCCGAUAUUCCGUUCGUCUGUGAUGCUGCGUAUAUCCAGAUCCCAUACGACUAAUAGGAAUCAUCAGUAGAUCGUUGUAACUCUUUGAUUUAUAUAUUGUGUUUGUUAGGGCCUUGUGUUGUUACUAUGUCUCUUCUUGAAUUAUGUUUGUAAUAUUUCAUCGUUUCAUGAACUCAGUACUCAGCCAUCAAAAUUUUAGUCAUUUGAACA